UAAGGAAAUCGCAAGCCAACCCGGGAGUGACCGGUGUGAAUCCCAUCUUGUUUCAUAAGUCUAUGCUCAGAAAAACCGGGGCUUGUCUGGCGUGCCGGAACCGGAACAGGAAGUCGUUGCUGCUUCCUUCUCCCGCGUGGGAAAUUCGUGUUACGUUCCGGCUCUGCGCUGAACUGCGAGUUCGGCAUUUUUACGUGUCAGGGUUUUUGAUUUGAUUUUGUUUUUUUCUUAUUGAAGGCAUAACAAGCGGGUUCUCCAGAACUGGUCAGAACCUGUUGAAACCACCUCUGGGGGAAUGCACCCUGUGCAUAUCAACUUCGAAGUUAAGGGAGCCCACUCCAGAAGAAGUGUGUUAAGUAUUGUGUGUUAAAACUGCUUCAAAAUCUUUUCAAGCAAUCGAAGAGAAGAACAUGGUGCGCAAACUGAAAUUUCAUGAGGAGAAGCUUCUCAAGAAGCUAGACCUGGUGAACUGGGAAGCUGCAUCAGGCAAUCUAGCUGAGCUACGUGUGCUUCGCCGUUUUCGUAUACAGCGGAGGGAAGAUUACACUCGCUACAAUCAGCUUAGUCGGGCAGUUCGGGAACUAGCACGCCGAAUCAGAGACCUGGGUGAUGUACCAGAAUCAGCAGGUUUCCGCACUAAGAGCACUGCUGCUCUUCUGAAUAAACUUUAUGCCAUGGGUGUGGUACCCUCUAAGAGCUCUCUUGAGCAGUGUGAUCGAGUCUCAGCCUCUUCCUUCUGCCGUCGCCGUUUGCCUUGUCUGCUCAUAAAGCUCCGUAUGGCGCAAAACUUGAAAUCUGCUGUGACCUUUGUGGAGCAGGGACAUAUUCGGGUAGGGCCAGAAGUUGUAACAGACCCUGCAUUCUUGGUGACCAGGGCCAUGGAGGACUUUAUUACCUGGACUGAUUCCUCUCGCAUCCGACAACAUGUACUCAACUACAAUCAGGAACGGGAUGAUUUUGACUUCAUUUGUUAAGAACAACUUUUCUUUGGUUAACCAUUUGAGUGAUUACACCUUAAAUAUUUAACUCAGUUGGCUUCAGGAGGUAUCCUGCUAGUACAUUUCUGUCUUUUAUUUGUUUUGCUUGUUUAGUUGUGCAAACAGUAUGUAGUUGUAUACAGACUAAACCAAACCACAACCUUUUGUGAUCAGGUGCAAUUUUUAUAAGUGUAUGGUUAGGGUUUCUAUCAGAAAGAAGUUGAGGACAGCAAUCUCAUACGGGCAUCUUGUAAAACAUCCUAUAUGUUCAUUUUUAUUGAUUUCAUUUGGAUCACAGUGAAGAUUAAUAAUUGGAUUGCAUCUGACCUCUUUCCAGAAGAUGGUAUCAAAUGUUCCAUCUAGAAUGCUUUAAUUAAAACAGACUUUAUUAUUCCCUUUUGAUCAAGAUUUGGAUGGCUGCCUACAACAAAUCUAUGCAGUCAUUAUUUUAAGAUUUUUUUUUCUUGGCAUCUCAACAACUUUAUAUUCUGUUUGUUUCUAUAGUAACAUGUUCUCUAUUAGUGUACAAGCUGUUAUGCCAACGUUAAAUUGUUGGCUAGAACUUAAGGUUUUGAACUGGUUAUUGACUGUACGUCUUUAUCUUAUCCAUAAUAUCUACAAUAAUGGAAAGAAUUUUACUCUGAUUAUGGUUAUAAUAUUGUGUAAUACCUCAAAAUAUUAAUUUUGAGUUCAAUUUUGAAGCAUAAAGCUAUUUAAAAUCUUUGUGUUCUCUGUAAAAAAUUUUUGCUUAUA